AUGACGCCGAUUCCGAGCCGGGCGAGAGUCUACCCAGAUGUGAGUGUUUUUGGACGUUUUCUUGCUGAAAAUGUAAAAAAUAAGCUGGGGCUUCAUGCCGAGACGUGUGGAGUUGUGUAAAGAUAGAGGAAAAUUUUUUAUAGACAUUCUUAGCGGAAGUUUUGAGAAUUCUGAAUUCUCGCUUCAUUUCUCAGCGAUUAAGCCCGAAAAUUGCAGAAGUUUGGCUUUUAAUCAAUAUUUCGCAGGUGAAUCCGUCGAGACCGCGCGAAUAUUGGGACUAUGAGGCUCACAUGAUCGAAUGGGGUCAAAUUGACGACUAUCAACUGGUGCGCAAGUUGGGCCGCGGAAAAUAUUCGGAAGUUUUCGAAGGAUUCAAGAUUAGCACCGACGAGAAGGUGGUCGUCAAGAUUCUCAAGGUUUGUCGGUGUGUUUGUAGAAAAAUACAGUUUUGUUUGUAGCCAGUCAAAAAGAAGAAGAUCAAGCGUGAGAUCAAGAUUCUGGAGAAUCUGAGAGGCGGCACCAACAUCAUCACACUUCUCGACGUCGUCAAAGAUCCGAUAUCGAGAACUCCGGCUCUUAUUUUCGAGUGAGUCGCCAGAAUUUUUUAUUAUUUAUCGAUUUCGGCUUGCAGGCACGUCAACAAUUCGGAUUUCAAGCAGCUUUACCAAACGCUCAGCGACUACGACAUUCGCUAUUAUUUGUACGAGCUUUUGAAGGUUAUCUUUUCAAUUUUUAAUACUCUUUCCUAUAACCACAAAAUUUGUAGGCUCUGGAUUUCUGCCACUCGCAAGGCAUUAUGCAUAGAGACGUCAAGCCGCACAACGUGAUGAUUGACGCCGAGAAAAGAGAGGUAUUCGGCCUAAAAUACAGGAUUUUAUUGAAUUUUUCAAACAUUUUCUAGCUGCGAUUAAUAGAUUGGGGACUGGCCGAGUUCUACCAUCCGAGACAGGACUACAACGUUCGUGUCGCUUCGCGUUACUUCAAGGUGAGCAUUUUAAAAACAAUUUUUAGUUGAAAAAUUUUCACUUUAGGGACCGGAACUUCUGGUGGAUUACCAGUGCUACGACUACUCUCUGGACAUGUGGAGCCUCGGAUGCAUGCUCGCCAGCAUGAUCUUCAGAAAGGAGCCGUUUUUCCACGGACACGACAACUACGAUCAGGUUUGUCGUUUUUUCCAGAAUUUUAGAGGGAAUUGCCUUUUUGGCCUUUUUGGCCUUUGGCCUUUUUGGUCUUUGGCCUUUUUCUUCAAAUUUUAUAUUUUGCAGCUGGUUCGCAUCGCAAAAGUGCUGGGAACAGAUGAGUUGUACGAGUACAUUGCGAGAUAUCACAUCGAUCUCGAUCCGCGCUUCAACGACCUUCUCGGGCGGCACUCGAGAAAACGUUGGGAGAGGUAACGACGAUUUUCAGAAUUUGUCUAUAAUUUUUAGCAUUUUUCAGAUUUAUCCACGCCGAAAAUCAACAUCUGGUGACUCCGGAAGCGCUCGACUUCUUGGACAAACUUCUUCGUUACGAUCAUGCGGUUUGUGAUUGUUUUUUUCUGUAUUAAAGCUUAAAAUUGGCUACUUUUUUAAAUUAUCAGUCAAAUAAAUGCGUAUGUUUCAGGAGCGUCUGACCGCGCAAGAAGCGAUGAACCACGAGUACUUCCGUCCGGUCGUUGAGGCGAAUGCACGCGCGAACGGCGGAGAAGCGGACGGUUCUUCCGCGUCGGCUUCCGCUUCGGCAGCCUCGCAAAACGCGUCGGACACGAAGAUCGACGGCGCGUAA